UGAAGACGUGAUCCGGAAGCGCUGAUCUCGUUCGAAGCUCUUUUUCUAGCUUUUGCAGUUGAACUCUUCGUCGCUUGGUUACCUGACCAAGACACAUAGAUGAUGAAACUAGCUCCCAAAGUGUUGACAGGGUCGCUGCACCCUGCCAACAAGGGUGCAUGCGAUUGGGGAUGGCAGGGUAUGUUAGCCCAUGGGAGCCAGAGUUUUGUUGUUGUCAUUGAUCCAAAAACUGUUCAGAACAUCCAAGUCCUUGAAGGUCAUAAGGCCAAUGUUACAAAGUUGAAGUGGGCCCAUGAGAGUUACCACCAUGACAUUGGCAGCCCAUACAUGCUCAGGUUGGCCUCUGCCGACACAACGGGCACAAUCAUAGUCUGGGAUGUUGCCCAGGGUUACAUCAAGGCGGAGUUUAGUGAGGGGAGCCGGUCCAUUCAGGACUUACAGUGGGUGAGUGGUCAGGACGCCUCCAGAGAUCUGCUGGUUGCCCUCCACCCCCCAUACUCCAUGAUCGUGUGGAAUGCAGACACAGGCACCAAGCUGUGGAAGAAGUCUUAUACAGAGCCACUCCUCUCGUUUGCGUUUGAUCCUUUUGACCCCAAACAGGUUGCAUUUCUGGGACAAGAUUGCAUCGUGUUUAUUCAUGACUUCACCAUCACUAGGGUGCCAUCCAGCAAUGGGAAGAAGUUUUACAUAUCCAGCCCUUCCAGCCCAGGAAAUGUGAACAACAAUGCAGAGAGGAGAGAGUCGAGCACUUUAGCUAAAAGGGUGAGCCGAAUACUCGUGGGAGAAGUGAAACAAAGCUCCAACAAGUCAGUGGAGGAGAGUGUGAACCUGAAUGAGUGUAUACAGCUGGUGUAUCACCAGGCUUGCCGUCACCAUCUGAUCCUGCUCUACCCCCGGGAACUGCUCAUCCUGGACUUGGAGAUCAAUCAGACAGUGGGCACGAUACCCAUGGAGAGGACUGGCUCACCCUUCACACAGAUACUGUCCUGCAGACAGAGAGAUGCGCUGAUGUGUCUCCAUGACAACGGUAGUGUGACUGUACGUGUGAGGAGGAAGACCAACGUCAUCUGCACGCCAGCCUCUGAAGGCACUGGAGCAUUUGAUGACACACCCCCUCAGGUGUCCUUGGAUGUGGCCUAUGACCUGAGGUGUCAGUCAGACCCUAUGAGAUUAACCAAACACAGUAAGGUGCUGGGCGUGGCCAUGUCGCCAGUCACAGAAAGGGGAGUGGCCCUUAUUAUGAGUGACAGCCGGGUCAUCUUCUGGGAAAUUAAGACAAUUAAUGUUAUGGAUAACAAUGUGAACAACCAGGCCUUCUCUUCCCCACUGUACACACCAGGGGUGUCUCUGACAGACUUCAGUCAGCUGACCAUCAACAACAAACCAGAAGCCAUGGCUAAACUACCAAUCCUGAGUGACGUACCAUAUCCAAGGCUGACCAUGGCAGAUUUGAUUGGCCAGUCCCAGAACACCAUGUCUGACAGUGUGGCCAUUCAGCCUAAGCACACUGUAGUGAUGAAACUUCUGCUGACCGGUCUGAUCAGCGGAGUGAUGGGUCAUGUGUCUGUCCUGCGGAUGUGCCCACCAAUGACCACAAAGAAUUGGAGUUACUUCCAACCACUGUUAGCAUUGGGUACACAGACGGGCUAUAUACAGAUCUACAACCUGUCUAGUGGUCAGCUGGUGAAGGAGUACAGUGUUCACACCUCCAUUAUCAGGGGUAUUGAAUGGGUGAACCUGAACAGCUUCUUGUCAUUCUCAUUCCCUAACCCGGGAACAAAUAACCUGGUGAAGAAUGAGGUGAUGCUGGUGGAUGUCGUGUCUGGUAAAAUGACACCUGUGAGAAAAUACAAGGGAGAAGAAUCACCCAUAGAGUUCAUUAAAGUCUCUUGUUUAAAACAGUACUUUGCAGUGUGUUUUAAGGACCAGCCAUUUGAGCUAUGGGACAUGAAGACUUUGACGUUAUUAAGGGAGAUGCCCAAACGCUUCCCUACAGUCACUGCUCUGGAGUGGUCCCCUUCACAUGCCAUCAAGACCCUGAAGAGACGUCUGUUACAGAGACACGAGAGUCCCCCCACCAACCAGGAGGCACCCCCGGGACCUGCCAUUACAGCCAUCACUGACCCCUCUGGGAGCGACUCCAAGAACGCUCUAAGAUCUCCAGCGAAGGAACAUGUCAUCAUCACAGAUUCUGAAUCCGUGGUGUACCACUUCAUUGUAGAGGGCAGCACCAUCACGGACAGCAGCAAAAUACCGGCAGAGCCUGGAAUGGCUGUGGUGAACAGUAUAGCCUGGAAAGGUGACCAGAUCAUCUUUGGAGAUGUUGAAGGACACAUUAAUAUUUGGGACCUGAAAAAUAAAAAGUCAAAAUAUUUCCCAACAAACCGUGGCUGGGUGAAGAAGAUCCGGUUUGCCCCAGGUCGGGGUAACAUGAGAUUCCUGGCCAUGUUCAGUAGUGGGCUGGAGAUCUGGGAUGCUGUAGAGGGUAAAAGUCUGUAUAGCAUUAAGACUCCAAAGGAGAUGUCUCGUAUUAUUGAUGCUGAGUGGUCAUGCUCUGACAAACCAGUCAUAACCACAGAGGAUGGGUGUGUUCGUGUGAUGGAUCUUAAACUGACCACUGCCUCAGCAGCUGUAGAGGAGAGAGACCUGCCAGAACCGGUAUUUUGCCCACACCUGCUCUCAUCCAAGGCAGCGUUGUUGUUGAAAUGUCUCCUGCAGCACCAACCUUGGAAAACAGAGUUUUCCCUGAAGCUGGAGGGAAUGGAAGAGAGUGAUGCAGAGCUGGAGAAAAGCAUUAACCAACAGCUGGAAGUGCUGGAUCAUGAGUUGUCGGAUUACCUUCCUGUCUGUAAGUUUGGCACAGCUCACAGAUGUCUGUUAGUAGCCAGGUUGUUUGGGGAUGAGUCUGAGACACAUUUUUGGACCGUUGCCCUCCAUUACCUGAGGACCAAUAAGAUUUCUCCAAUCAGUAAGCCUCCAAGUCGAGUCUCCUCUCAAACGGAGUCCAGUUCGGAUGUGUUCGUACCUGGCACACCCGGAAAGGAGACAUCUGAGCUUGAUUUGGAGAAAGAUACUCCACAGUCUUCCUCCAUCAGUGAAGAGUUCAGGGACCAACCGUUAGAGAGAUGUUACGAUGUGCUUUGUGAUAAAGAAUCAUUCCAGAAGUAUCAGUUGGAUCGCGUGGCCCUACACGACAGUAAACGAGCGACGUAUGAACACACCAAGAAGUGCGCAGAGAACUACAUUCUUCUGGGUCAGACCGACCGUGCUGUACAGCUGCUGUUAGAGACGGAGUCUGAGAAUGACAGCUACUAUGUCGACUCGCUUUUAGCCUGCCUGGUCGCCAGUAUUCGUUCAUCAGGAGCCUCGCAGAGCACUAUCAAACUGGUCGCCACCAACCUCAUCGCUAAUGGUCGCCUCUCUGAGGGCGUCCAGUUGCUGUGUCUGAUAGACAAGGGACUAGAUGCCUGUCGCUAUCUCCAGACUUAUGGGGUCUGGCAUCAGGCAGCCUGGCUCGCUAAGGCCAGCUUGCAGUUCUCAGAAUAUAGUGAGGUGAUGAAGAGGUGGGCAGAUCAUCUGUGUGGGCCUCAUGCCAACCAAAAGAGUAAGGCUGUGUUGGUCAUGUUGUCCUUGGGUCAGUUCCUCAAGGUUGUGGAGAUGUUGUACGGGAUGAGACAUUUUGACAGAGCCGUCUGCUUUCUGGAAGCCUGCAUGGAGUUUGGACUGUUAGAGAAGACUGAGGAAACUUCACCACUGUUUGAAGCAGUUUACCUGGAGUACGCCCGCUACCUCACUAAUCUGCGACACAGGAAAGCAGCUGAAUACUACUGUGAGCUGGCUGGAGACAAAGGCGCUCAGUUUCUGAAGGAAGUGGAAAUUCUCUUUGGAUAAUAUCUGCUACAUGUGUACAUGAUGUAUAUUUGGACAGUGUCUGGACACAUGCUGAGUUGAGUAUUUGGACAGUUUUUCAACACAGUUUCGUGUAGUUGUAACGCUGAGCAUUUUCAAGUGUGACUAGUCAUGGACAACCGUGGGGGGGAAUUUAUACAGAGUUUUAUGGUUAUGAUAUAAGAAAAGUUAAAAGUGUUGGU